GCCGACCUGUGUCUCACAGGCACCUGGUCUCAGACACAGCUCCAUGUCUCCAAUCCACUGCUCACCCUCACCCCAGGGGCAUCUCCAAGGCUACCCCCACACCUGCUGACAACCCCUAGUCCCUGCCAGUUUUUCCUCCCUCCCCUCAUUCAUUCUCUUUGCUACAUCCAGAAAGGUCUUAAAACUGAUCUGGUCACAUGCUAUCCUUUUCUGCCCCUGACUGGAUCGGGGUCCAUGGGUGACAUGGGCGGGAGGCAUUCUAACCCAUAGCUGUAGAAAAGGACUGUUGCCACAUGAGUGGCGCAGAAACCCUUUGGGUCUUGUAGGUGAGCCUGCCUAGACCUCUGCGCCUUUUUUAUGAGCUCUUUGCCUGACGUACCUCUUGCUCCCACUCUGGGAAUCCACUCCUAAUUUCCUUCCUUGCCUAGCCUUAGGUGCCUUCAUCCCAUGCUGUUCUCUCACAAAACCUGAGAACUUGAGGUUUCCAGAUCCACCUCCCAGCAACCACCAAGUCUCUUGUCAAGCAUCAUUUGCUCUGUGAAUGACUGUGGUACACAGCAGGGCAGCAUUAGGCAUGUGUGAUUGGGUCCUUGGGUGGUCUAAGGACUGUAGUCAGGGUAAUGGAGCUUUUUGGAAUGUGAACUUUGGGCCACAGUAGUCCCUGAGUUGGAUCCUGUUAUUGUCUGAGCUGUGUUCUUGGCACAUGGCUUCAGUAUCACCCCAAGGCUUCUGCCUAGCCAGUGCUACUCUACUGGUCCUUCCUAGAACACUUUUCCCUUGCCUCUAAGGCUCACUUCACUCAUUUUCAAGCUGAUUAUUACUUGUCGCUCUUUAGAAAGGACUUGCCCUAAGACCUACUCUCUGGUUGUGACUGAUUAUUUGUCUAAUGCUUUGCCUGUCACUUGGCUCUACUUCAGUGUGGUAUGUGGGGGCCUCCGUGGGGCCAGAUCACCUCUGUGCUCCUAACUCCAAAUUCCAGCCCAUAGGCAGGUAGUGUCUGACUUUAGGACACCAUGCUCUCCUCUAAUGUCAAAAGAGGAUAUCUGUUCUUCCCCAAACACCUGAUAAGCACUAUUCCCUGUGCCAGAUUAGAAGGAAAGCGAACCUACCCUCUCAGUAACCAGGUGCCAAAUGUCUGCCUAAGAAUUAAUUCUUUUUUCUUUCUCUUUCAGUGGUUGAUAUCACAGCAAAUCCCGCAGUUUGAAGAUGUUAAAUUUGAAGCAGCAAGUUUGUUAUCUGAAUUAUAUUGUCAAGAGAAUUCUGUUGAUGCAGCAAAGCCACUGCUGCGGAAAGCAAUCCAGAUCUCUCAGCAGACCCCAUACUGGCACUGCCGUCUGCUCUUCCAGCUUGCACAACUGCACACGCUUGAGAAAGACCUGGUGUCAGCCUGUGACCUCCUGGGCGUGGGAGCAGAGUAUGCCCGGGUGGUGGGAUCUGAGUACACACGGGCGCUGUUCCUCCUCAGCAAGGGGAUGUUGUUGCUGAUGGAGCGCAAGCUGCAGGAAGUCCACCCACUGCUGACCCUCUGUGGACAGAUCGUGGAGAACUGGCAGGGGAACCCCAUCCAGAAGGAGUCGCUGCGUGUCUUCUUCCUAGUGCUCCAAGUGACCCACUAUCUGGAUGCAGGACAGGUGAAGAGUGUGAAGCCGUGCCUGAAGCAGCUGCAGCAGUGCAUCCAGACCAUCUCCACGCUGCAUGAUGAUGAGAUUCUGCCUAGCAACCCCGCUGACCUCUUCCAUUGGCUGCCCAAGGAGCACAUGUGUGUGCUUGUCUACUUGGUAACCGUGAUGCACUCCAUGCAGGCUGGCUACCUGGAGAAGGCACAGAAGUACACUGACAAGGCCCUCAUGCAGCUGGAGAAGCUCAAGAUGCUUGACUGCAGCCCCAUUCUGUCCUCCUUCCAAGUGAUCCUUCUGGAGCACAUCAUCAUGUGCCGGCUCGUCACAGGGCACAAGGCCACAGCACUACAAGAGAUCUCCCAGGUCUGCCAGCUGUGCCAGCAAUCUCCCCGGCUCUUCUCCAACCACGCAGCACAGCUGCACACACUGCUGGGCCUGUAUUGUGUCUCUGUCAACUGCAUGGACAACGCAGAAGCCCAGUUCACCACAGCCCUGCGGCUCACGAACCACCAAGAGCUGUGGGCCUUCAUCGUGACCAACCUGGCAAGUGUGUAUAUACGGGAAGGAAAUAGACACCAAGAGGUAUUGUAUAGUUUGUUGGAGAGGAUAAACCCAGACCACAGCUUCCCUGUCAGCUCACAUUGCCUCCGAGCAGCGGCUUUCUACGUUCGAGGACUCUUCUCUUUCUUCCAGGGACGCUACAAUGAAGCCAAACGAUUUCUACGAGAAACUCUGAAGAUGUCCAAUGCGGAGGACCUAAACCGGCUCACAGCCUGCUCCCUCGUUCUCCUGGGCCACAUCUUCUAUGUGCUAGGGAACCACAGGGAGAGUAAUAACAUGGUGGUGCCUGCCAUGCAACUGGCCAGCAAGAUUCCAGACAUGUCAGUGCAGUUGUGGUCAUCGGCCUUGCUGAGAGACCUGAAUAAGGCCUGUGGAAAUGCCAUGGAUGCCCACGAAGCUGCCCAGAUGCAUCAGAACUUCUCGCAGCAGCUGCUCCAAGACCACAUCGAGGCCUGCAGCCUUCCCGAACACAACCUCAUCACGUGGACAGAUGGCCCACCCCCAGUGCAGUUUCAAGCUCAGAAUGGACCAAACACCAGCCUUGCCAGUCUCCUAUGAGGAUCCCGGAAGGGCUACCCAGCAUCUCAAGGCCUUACAUGUCUCCAUCUUCUACCCAGAUGGCACUUGAGCCUUGAGCUUUCCCCAAAAGUGUGCUUCCUUUCCUCCUGUCCCUAGAACUUCCAAGUCCUGGGGAGUGUGUGAGCCCAGUUCCUGCCCUCCCUGGAGGGUGCAGCUGGCCAUUCCCACCUUGUGCCAAGACCCUGGUGCAGAGGCCUACAGGUGGGACAUUGGAGCUGACUCUCCAGAGCCAUCCUUUGAAGUGAACUUCACCUGUCAGUCCACUUCCACAUCUGAGUCACACCUGCCAGGGCGCUUGUCUGGGGUACAGGCCUCAUCCUGUGUGCCAGGUGGGCCAUACCUCAGGGCCAUCAUCCCCUGACUCCCAUUACCUGGGCCUUGAUGCAAGGCAAGGGCCAGCAUGUUUCCUCUACUCAAAGCAGUUUCCAGAGUAUAAAGGCAAGACACCAGUUUCUGGCCCAAAUCUAGAAAAAAAGAAGUGAUGGCCCACAUGUGGGACAAAGCUGACAUCCCAGCACUUUUCCCAGCUUGCCUUUCUCUCCAGUACCAGAACCUCUGGUCAGGGGCCCUUGGGGAUGGAUGAACUCAUCUUCUAAACAUCUGCUCCUUGACUGGAUUCACUAUCCUGCCAUGGGAGGUUGUGUGAUUAUAAAUACCAGUAUUGGGGGGAUGUGAGGUUAAUAGAGCUGAGACCAAUUAUUUGUGCCAGCCACCUCCCCCCAUCGUGUGGCUGCUGAGGGCAAGCAGCAGUAAGAGAAGGGCAUCUUGCCCAAAUUUAAGAUCAUCUCCUCACUUGGAUAUAGAGCACAGGCUCCCCUCAGACCUGGAGCAAAGAGGCCUUUUUCCUAGCAGGUCUGCAGCUUCCUGUACAAAGGAUGUCUGUGGGCAGCAGCUCAGGCUCCUUGUCUCCUACCUUCCUCUCAGGAGAGAGGAACACACCUCCCUACCUCCCCUGCUAGGACUCUGGAGGGACAGUGUUAAAACCUAUUCCCCAAGCCAGGCCCCAGGGAGCCUCUGUUGGGCCCAAAGAUCAGUGCUUGGUUUUAUGCUCUUGGAUAAUCAAGAGAGGUGACAGUGGUGUUGGGAAUGGUGGCAGCUAGUAUCAGCAAUCAAGACAUCACCUUCUCCAGCUUCUGGCACCUGGGAACAUCUCCCUACUGCAGGGUGGUGGUGGUGGGAUCUCUCUGGGCAAGGUAGAUAAGUUGUCUAAUGCCUUGUUACCAUGGCACUGUAAAGGCUACUUCUCAGAGUGUUGGUGCCUGUCACUGAAGUGAUGUUAGGCUUGCUCAGGGCUCUGAGGCCUGGGCAUGCCUCAGCCACAAGCAGGCCACCAACAGGUCCCAUUCUCACUGGGCCACUGCCUGACAUCUAGGUCACCAGGGAGAGCCAGCCCCUGCCCUAUGCUGCCCUGAAACCCUUGUCCCCUCAGCCAACACCCCCAGACCCUUGAGGCCAAUAGAAGAGGCCCUGAUUGACAAGCUGUCCCCAUAAGGUCUUCCUCCUGAGCCAUAUCCUCUGCUUGCUCCACCUCGAAGGAGCCCCCAGGUCCUCCCCUCCACCACUGAGAUGGCACCCCUGUAUCUCUACAAUCUACUCCUGUCAGCUUGCACCCCACAGUGUCCAACCUCUCCAGACCCAUAUUCACUCAAUCACAUUGUACAUCAUGUUUGUCUCUGCCUAUUUAUUUAAGCUUUGCUUUGCUUUAUCUAGGGCGUUUUAUAUGUAGAGCAAUUGGAAAAAGAACCUCAGAACUUAACAUUUGUCUCGAUAUUGAAGUGCUUUUUUUGACCACCUUGUUAUCUAUGUAUAUGUAAAGUUAAGGAUGAGAUCUUCAAGUUUACAAUUAAAAACUCAGUACUCAA